CAGAGGAUCUGACGUCACCUGAGACAGAUUCAGUUCGUUUCUCAUGAGAUUUACCUGCGGACUGUGUUGACCAUAUGAUAUUAUAUUGUAUUAUAUAUCGAGCUGUAGAUUUAUUGGAUGUUCACCUGCGGACUGCAGAUCAAAGUUGAGCUCACGACAGGAAACAGAAAUCGUCUUUGAUCUGAGCCUCAUGGAUUCUGCAGAUGGUCAUCGUGGGCGUGACGCUGGCAGUCAGAGACGUUCCCCUCUCGACAUCAUCAUGAGUCAGAUUCGCCGGAAACGCACGGCCUCAGACAGGAAGCCGCUGGGACGCUUCCUGUCCCGGACGUCUGAGCGAGCGGGGUUUCCUGAGGAUGGAGACUCGGAGGGGAGGGAGGAGAGAGCACAGAGCUCAGGUGUCACAGGUGCAGAGGACGAGCGAGACGCCGGCUGGGGUCGAGUGUGUGUUUUCCUGCAGAGGCUCGGGAAGACAGCCGACAGCAGGAGCCUCAGUCUGGCUCACUGUGAUCUGACCGCUACGGACCUGCUGGAGCUCGCCACGUUGCUCCACUUCCUGCCUCAGCUGGAGGAGAUGGACGUUUCCUGGAACGAGCUGAUUGGUGGAUGUCUGAGCGCGUUGACCUCUCACCUCCAUCAUGUGGGCGGGAUCAGGACGCUGAGGCUCCGCAGCUGCAGGCUGAACGCUGGUGAUGUCACUGCACUGGGGGAGGCUCUCUGCUGCGUCCCACAUUUGGAGAUCCUCGAUAUGUCCUGGAACGGCGGUGUUGGAGGCGGAGGGCUGCAAGGCCUCCUGGGUAAAAUGCACCCACCACUGAGGGAGAUUCACCUGGUUUCCUGUCAGCUCUCUGCAGCUGAUGCUACUGCGCUGGGGGGAGUUUUGUCUGCUCUCCCCAGACUCUCGGUGCUGGACGUCUCCUGUAACCCUCAGCUCUCGCAGGAAGUCGUCGGUGGCGGCGGCUUCAGUGACCUGGCCGCCUCCCUCUCUCACGCCACCUCCCUCACCACGCUUCGACUGCAGGCCUGCGGUCUGUCGACGGACCACCUCGACGCUCUGGGUGGUUCGCUGCGCCUCCUCCCCUCAGUGCGGGAGCUGGACCUGUCCUGUAACAAGGGUCUGUCUGGAGGACUGAGCCGCCUCACCUUCCACCUGGCUCACCUCGACCACCUGGAGAGCCUCGACCUUCACCUGUGCUGUCUCACACACACAGACCUGGAGGCCCUCGUCCAGGCGCUCCCCUCUCUGACGGCGCUCACAGAGCUCAACGUGUCGUCCAAUAAGGAGGCAGGGGCUUCCCUUCACGCGCUGGUCUCCGCCCUCCCUCUGACACAGAUGAAGCAUCUGCCGCUCAACAGCUGCAGCCUCAGUGAGGAGUCAUUCGCUGCUCUGGCUCUGGCCGUGCCGUACCUCCGCAGUGUGGAUGUUUCCUGGUGUAAAGUGGUCGGAGGUCGCGUGGCUCUGCUUCUUGACGCUCUGCAGCCGUCGGCCGUCCUGGAGCUUCGUCUCAGCAGCUGUGAACUCUCCACUGACGACCUGCGUCACUUAGCCGUGGUCUGCAGACGUGGUUGCAUGUCGUCUCUGCGGGUGCUGGAUCUCUCCUACAACGGUUCGGUGGGUGACGACGGCUGGUCCGCUCUGUUUGAAGCCGGAGGCCUGGGCUCGCUGGAGGAUGUCGACCUUAGCCUGCGACCUUCGACCUCUGCCUCCUGCUCGGCCUGGCUGCCGGCGCUGCUCCGCGCCCUGCCUCGACUGCCGGCGCUGACCCGGCUGGCCGUGCAGCGAUGGACGAUGGGCUCCCGGGAACGACAGCAGCUGUGCCACGGCGUGAAGAAACGAGAUGUCCUGCUGGAGUGGGAUCCAGAUGUUAAAGGGACGACCGAUCAGGACGGUCCAGAGGAGUAGGGACCGUGUAGAGAAUUCAGCUAAUCUGACGUCAUGUGUCACUGAUGAAACUCAUCUGGUUUAUCACAACUAGAAGGUUUCAACACAGCGUGAAAGAAUCAACUCAUUUAUAGGUUUCCAGUUUUGUGAUCUCAACAGUUUAUUCGAACAAAACGUCCUCACCGAGCACGCGUCCUCACCGAGCACGCGUCCUCCAUCGAGCACAC